UUUGCUCUUCAGCCACUGGUUGGGGAGGUUUGUGUUUGGCGAGUUCUCAUUGGAUAACGCGGAACGCCCGUAGGUAUUGAUUGGACGUACUCACUUGGUGACGGGUCCGGUUCCUGCUGUCCCGGGUGGGUUACGUGGAACUUGUGGGACGGACAUGGCGGGGAAGGUACCUAACGGGGCUCAGUCCGGGCCGCCUGGCAACAACCUGCUCUUCUCCGCCUCCGAGAUCAGCUUCUCCCUUCCCUUCAUCCCUGUGAGCCAGCACGGCCCCGCAAUGCUUCCGAGCGAUGAUGCCGCUGAGGUGGGAGAAGAGGACAGCUUUCUAGGACAGACUUCGGCUACUACUAACCCACCACAAACCUUUAGUUAUUUCUCCCAGGGACCCUCCCUAGGCAGCAGCCAAGAUCCAUUUGCGUGUAUUUGGCAUCCACCUCUAACCACAGAGGCGCCUCAGCCCGUUACUUCGGUUUUCUUCAAGCCCCCCCCCGCUCCCACCCCUGAGGCCGGACACAGUAUGAUCCCAUCGAAGGCACCAAAACCCCCGGUUACAAGCAACACUCCAGUAUCCCAGGUUACAGCUGGUGUCUUUCUUCCAACGUCACAGCACGGACCUCUUCCUGGCACUUACUCGGCUCCGCCCACUGCGGCCUCUCAGGGGGGGUAUAACCCCUACCGCCACAAUACCCAGAGCAGCCGGGUGAAUCCAUACUUUGCUCCCCCACAGCUUCUGCAGGACCAGGGUUUCGCUCCCUUUAUCCAGACUCCUCCAUUGCCACCUCUGCCCCAUCAGGGGGCGCCAACCUCUCCGCCCACCGGUAAGGACUUGGGUCCCCCUAAAACUGCACCCCACAUGCCUCCCCCUCCGCCAUCACAGACCUUUCCAAAUGUCAGACCUGCCGGACCAUCAGUACCAGUACCCCCACCCUACCUGCCAAACCUGUAUGAACCUGUUCAGCCUCACUGGUUCUAUUGCAAGCAAGUGGAGAGCAAGGAGGUCUGGCUGCCGUUCAGCGCUCUGGAUUCCCACGGUUUAGAAGAGGUUUAUAACUCCGUGCAGCCUGACCCCGAGAGCGUGGUUGUGAGCACAGACGGGGGGCGCUAUGACGUGUGCCUGUACAAUCGGGAGAAGAGGGCCGUAUUUUGGGAGGAGGAGGACUCGGAAGUCAGGCGCUGCUCUUGGUUUUACAAAGGGGACGCAGACAGCAAGUUUGUUCCUUACAGCGAGGACUUCAGCGAGAGGCUGGAGGCAGAAUACAAAAAAGCUGUGACCACCAACCAGUGGCAUCGGAGACUGGAAUUUCCUGGAGGGGAAACAAUCGUUAUGCACAACCCCAAAGUGAUCGUCCAGUUCCAGCAGUCUCUUAUUCCAGAUGAAUGGGGCUCCCCACAAGACGGGCAGUCACGGCCCCGAGUCGUAAAGCGAGGCAUUGAUGCUGAACUUGAUGAAAUUCCAGAUGGGGAGGUGCCACAGGCUGAUCAUCUGGUCUUUAUGGUUCAUGGCAUCGGGCCAGUGUGCGACUUGCGCUUCAGGAGUAUAGUGGAGUGCGUGGACGACUUCAGGACAGUGUCCCUCAAACUGCUGCAGACUCACUAUAGAAAGUCCCUGGAAGAGGGCAGAAUGCGUCGGGUGGAGUUUCUCCCAGUCCAUUGGCACAGCUCUCUCCAUGGAGAUGCCACAGGGGUUGAUAGGCGGAUAAAGAAGAUCACAUUGCCCAGCAUUGGCCGCCUGCGCCACUUUACCAACGAGACCCUGCUGGAUAUACUCUUCUAUAACAGCCCCACCUACUGCCAGACGAUAGUGGACAAAGUCAACAUGGAGAUGAACCGCCUCUUUGCGCUGUUCAUGAGCCGCAACCCAGAUUUCACUGGGGGAGUGUCUGUGGCCGGUCACAGUUUAGGGUCCUUGGUUCUGUUCGACAUACUUUCCAACCAGACUGAUCCAACCGCUGCGCCUCUUGUGCCAGUCCCGCCCCCUGAAGCCAACGGGCCAAUAAAAAGUAAAGCUUCGGAUGAGAAAGCAGUCACGCUACAAGCAGUGGAAGAGCCCAGUGAUUCCGAGCAACAGAAACCGCUGCCGACUCUUCGAGAAGCACUGGAAUCGCUCAGUCUGGCCGAAUACAGCAACGUGUUUGAGAAAGAGCAGAUUGACAUGGAGUCCCUGCUCAUGUGUACGGUGGAUGACCUGAAAGAGAUGGGAGUCCCUCUGGGCCCAAGGAAGAAGAUCGCCAAGUUUGUGCAGGAAAGAGCAGUUACUGAGGCAAAGAGAAAAGCUGCAGAGGAAGAGAGAGCUGCGCAAAUCAAAGCCAAAGAAGCGUUGGCUGCUGCCGCACAGGAAGCCGCUGCCAAACUCCCCUCCUCUGAGGAUGGCGCCGCCCCGGAGUCCAACAAGAGGAAGUUGCCCGUCGGGGUAUCCGUCUCCUCUGUGCCAGUGGAUUAUGAAUACUUUGAAACGGGCACAGGACAGGUCUGUGUAAAGUACAACACGCUGGACUUUGAGCCUGUCAAUUUCUUCGCCCUCGGCUCCCCCAUUGGCAUGUUCCUGACCGUACGGGGCUUGGAUAAGAUCGAGGAAACCUUCCGGCUGCCUACGUGCAAAGGCUUCUUCAAUAUCUACCAUCCGCUGGAUCCUGUGGCCUACAGGUUGGAACCCAUGAUCCUCCCAGACAUUGACUUGAAGCCGGUGCUUAUUCCUCACCACAAAGGCAGAAAGAGAUUGCACCUGGAGCUGAAGGAGAGCCUGACCCGUAUGGGCUCAGACCUGAAGCACGGGUUCAUUAGUUCCCUACGCAGUGCCUGGCAGACCCUCAACGACUUCGCUCGCGCCCACACGUCCUCGGCACAACUGCAACUGGAGCUAAAGAAGGUCGCCGAUCAGAUUGAGGAAGAGGAGAAACAGCAGGAAGUGGAUGCUGAUAAGGUGGAGAGCCCAGAGACUUCCCGGGAAGAGGACGUCACAGUUAAGAUCGGGAUGCUGAAUGGAGGGCGCCGCAUUGACUACGUUCUGCAAGAGAAGCCCAUCGAGAGCUUUAAUGAAUACCUGUUUGCUCUGCAGAGCCACCUGUGUUAUUGGGAGUCGGAGGACACGGCUCUGCUGAUUCUGAAGGAAAUCUACACCUCUGUGCAUGUGCUCCCUGACCAGCCGCUGCACUAGUGCGUCCCCUUGAGCGUGCUCUCCUGCUCAUACCAGGUCCCUGGAUCCCAGAGUGGAACCGGUACCCAAAGGACAUUUAUUCAGACUCUUAGGAAGCCCAGUGCCCCUUUGCCCACGAGGACGAGCCGCUGGCGCCAAACUGCCACAAUGUGAAAAGUAGUUUUUAUAUGAAGCUCGUCUGUGCGACCCCGAGAGACAGCGAGUGGAUUUUAUCAGUGCUGUGACGCUGCUUGCCAAGUGUAACCCGUUAUUUGGAACAGAAUGGACUCUCUUUGCUGAGGACUGAACCGGAUCAGCGCGUGUGUAGGGAACCGGCAGCUCUGUGCUGCAGCCUUUUAGUUCUUCAUUUAGGUGCCGACGAUUUGCUUCCCCUUUAACUCAUUAUGCCCUUACAGUUGGUAAUGCCCUUUCCUCUUACAGAGAGCCCCUUCCGCCAGUGAGCAAUGCGUUUACAAAGGGAGAAUGAGAUUUUAUCUUGUUUUAGCUUGGGCCGAUGCCUCACAAGCGACUUUUACUCAUAGAGAGCUAAGGGAUAGGUUUCAUGGUUGAUAUGGGGCGGGGCACACAGGGUACAGAGGCCGGGGUGCCCCCAUAACAAACAUUACUCCCCUAUAACAGAGAUGUGUGUGCCCGACCCGGCAAUGCACCUCUAUUUAUACACCCGCUUCCCGACCCGCCCCCUUCAUGAUGUCAUGAAGGGGGCGGGCCAAUCAUCUAUAGAGGCUUCUAGACAUGGAGGUCGGACAGUGCAAGGUCACGGGCGGGGAGGGCGGAAGAAGCUCAGUCCCAACCAGCGGGUCCCGUAGGUUUCAGGCCGCCCCGCGCAUCUCUACCCUACAAGUCUCCUGUGCGGCUUUGGCCCCGGCCCUGGUUUUACAUUCCCUUCUGCGGAUGAAGAGAGAGUUGAACUUGGUGUUUUCAGUAAUUUAAUUUUUGGAAGAAUUCAGUUAAAUUAAAAACAAAAAUUGCCAAAAA